AGAAAACAUAAGGGGAAAAAAUCCACUCAAAUCAAAGUAGAAGGAGAUGAUGAAGUUCAAGUCCAAGAGAUUUGGCAUUAGAUUUGGUUUUGGUAAAAGAACCAACAACAAAGACACACAACAAGAUCAACAACAAAAAGGAUUUGGUAGUAACAACAACAAUAGUAGCAGCAGCAACUAUGAGAUCAAAUGGGAACUUAGGCCAGGAGGUAUGCUUGUUCAAAAGAGACAAGAGAGCAUUGGUGAAGAUUUGAUCUCCAUUAGAGUCUCUACUUUUGCUCAUUCUCAUGAACUCUCCAUUGAAGCCACCUCCAGUUUUGGUGAACUUAAGAUGGUACUAACAUUGCUUACUGGUCUCGAGCCAAAGCAGCAACGGCUAUUAUUUAAAGGAAAAGAAAGAGAGGAUGAUGAAUAUCUACACAUGGUUGGUGUUGGAGACAAAGACAAAGUGUUGUUGUUAGAAGAUCCUGCCUUCAAAGAGAAAAAGCUUCUUAACAACAUUUCCAAUUCUUGCCCUACUAUAAUCGUAUAAACAAAUAAACAAGUCUGUCAAAUUAAUUGUUUGUUAACUUCUUGGUGAAAACAUAAUAUUAGCCAAGUAUAAUGACUAGAUAGGAUUGCCAUGCAUAAUGCACUAUUGAUUAUACAAAUUCCAUGUCGUCGUUCUCCUUCAAAGUUGUAAACUAAUGUUUACAUUCUGUAAUAUCAUUUUCAAAGUUUUUGGAGUGUUCCAUACUUCUGAUCAGUUUUCUU